UGAUAACCCCGUUGCACUGACACACAACAGACCGGAGAAGAUCGCUGCUCCAUCAUGUCCUCCGCCGCAACCGCGAGCGACAGCCAGGAGACCAAGGAGCCAGUCACUUUGCAGGAACCGCUGCUCAAGUACGAGCGCGUGGGCGGCCAUUUUCACGCCAUCUUCAAGGACGACUCACUGAGCUGCAUCGCAUUGCACGUCAACUUCGUAUGUGCAGGCACAUACGGAGGCAACGUGCUGCUCUUGGAGCUGGAUGGCCGAUUCAUCCGCCGUCUACAUCAACACUACAAGAAAGUCAACCAAGUAUGCAUCGAUGAAACCGGCCAGUACAUCGCGUCCUGCUCGGACGACGGCACUGUGGCUGUGUAUAUAUUAUUUCCAGCUACUGGAGCUUCAGCAGCUACUGAUAUCAGCGGCAACAAACAUUCCAGCAACCAAAACAAAGAGAAGGCGAGACAGGUCUCCGUGUCCAGCACUGGAGGUGAAGUGAACAUCUACAACUACUUCAGUGCUGUAUACGCCGUUCAACUGGAAGAUAGAUAUGCUAUGAAAAGAGAGAAGAGCUUCGCGUGUGGAGGAGUGAGUGGCCAACUGAUUAUCAACAAGAGAGGCUGGAUCAUCGACAAGGAGAGCACAGUACACGAAGGUGAAGGUCCCGUGCAGCUGAUCCGCUGGAAAGAUGGGCUAGUUGCAUGGGCUAACGACUGGGGAGUAAAGGUCUACGACUCGGAGAACGAUCAACGCGUCACGUACAUUGAACGCCCACCCAAUUGCCCUCCUAUGGAGCUUUGUAGGUGUCAUCUGGAGUGGCAGAGCAACGAUGUUCUACUGGUUGCAUGGGCACAUACGUUACGUGUAGUGACAUUCAAAAAGGGGCAUGCAGAGCAGCCUGCAUCGCCGACUUCUGCUGCUGCGUUGGACGCUGUGGAGCACCAAUCGGGUACCAUAACAGCGGAAGUUGUAGCGUUAUUAACGUUCGACUUCUUUGUAGCUGGGAUCAGUCCGUGGGGUGGCGGCUCAGUGGUGUCAGUGCUGGCCUUCCGUCCACCAGGAUCCGGAUCAUCCACUGGGCCGCCGACGUCUAAGUCUGCAAGGAUUGAAGGCGAAGGAGAGAGCGGAGAGAUGCCGUAUCCUGAGGUCCACGUUGUUCGGCUGGAUGGUAAACAACUCAGUGCUGACUUACUGAACCUCAAGGGAUACCAGCGACUACGUGCGUCGGAUUAUAUGAUGCCUACACUUCGGUACGCUCACGCACAUCCGUCAGAUUUGGAGACCGACCCGUCCUCGAUCUAUGACGCUGGAUACGGACAGCUUGUCUACGUAUGCACUCCAAAAGAUGUGGUUAUCUGUCGUCUACGCGAUGCUGAUGACCGUGUACAGUGGGCGUUGGCGAGGAAACAAUACGAUCGAGCACUGGACGUGGCUUUGCAUGACCCUCGAGCUCUUCGUCGUGUGGUGCUUACGGACGUUUUGGAGACGUAUUUGGGAGAUUUAUUGCGACACAAGUUAUUCCAGAAAACUGCAGAGGAGAUCCAUCGUCUCUUUAUCGGAGGAGGGGAAGAGUACGCUAAGCUAUGGGAGAAGUACGUGUACGUGUUCGCUCAGCGUGGACAGCUGAGUGCUAUUGCGCGGUACAUGCCUACAGCGAGCCCACGGUUGCCUAAAGUGCAGUACGAGAUGGUGUUGAAGCACUUUUUGGACUCAGAUCCAGGUCAACUACUCGAACUUAUCCGGAAAUGGCCCAAGCCGAGACGACAGGACGCGCCAGCAGUGAAGCAGCAGACUGAGAGUGACAACUCAGUGGCACCGGAGUACACCGAGACGACGCAUGUGUUCGAGCCGCUGUACGAUGCGCAGGCGUGGAUUAACCAGCUAGAAACAGUGGUAAGACGACGACGCAUUGCCGAGGCCGACGCUGAACGUCUUAGUGUGGAGACGAUGUACUUGAUGGAGGCGCUAGCAGAGCUCUACACCGCAACGGAGCAGUACGACCAUGCGCUCCGUAUUUACUUGAGUCAGGGCGAGUUCUGCUCCAACAAGGACUUCGCGUUUAAACUCAUCACGGAGCACCAACUCUGGUCGCUGGUGGCCAACAAGGUGGUUAACCUCAUGCGGAUCGACAAGACCAUAGCUGUGCGGAUGCUGGUUAACCAGACGGAGCAGCUCAAGAUCAGCGACAUUGUGACGCAGCUGGAAGGCGAGCCGGAGUUGUUGCACACGUAUCUACAUGAACUUGUGCUGCACCGUUUAGGCGAGUAUAAUUCGGAGAUUUACUCGGCUUUACACGAGAAGCAGGUGGCUCUGUAUGCCGAAUACGCGCCGGAUUUCCUGCUUAAGUUCCUACAGACCAGCAACUUUGUGCCGCUGGAGAAGGUGAGUGACGUUAUUUUACAGUAUUUUAUUUUACUUACGACAUUGUUUGCUUCGCUAGGCGUACAAGUACUGCAGUGAGCAUUCUCCUCCGCUUUGGGACACGAUGAUCUACAUCCUCGGUCGCAUGGGACAGCACAAGAAGGCGCUGGAUCUCAUUUUAACUCAACGUGGGGACAUUAACCAAGCGAUCCAGUUUGUGCAAGAACAUGACGAAGGUUUAUGGGACUAUCUCAUCGAUUUGAGUCUAACCAGUAAGGCCAACGUCGAGGAACUGCUCAAAUUUGCCUCGCAGCACAAAAUUGACCCCAUCAAGCUGAUCCGCAAGAUUCCCGACGACAUGGAGAUCGAGAACCUUAAGCAAAAAGUAAUUGCCAUCAUCACCAACUACCGCGUACAGCAAAACUUGUGUAUCGGAUCCCGCAAGGUGUUUGAUAACGAUCGCGUGGAGCUUCUGCACCGCCAAGUUGCAGCCCACAAGCGUGGCCGGCAUGUGGCAGCCAAGAAGGCGUGUGCCAUUUGCAGCGAGUUGCUGCGUGCUCCGUCGUCAGGAAUGGAGACAGUACACGCGUGUGUGUUUGAGUGUGGACACUGUUACCAUUUACCGUGUCUUGAAGAGAAGAUGCGUAUGUGGAAGAGUGCUGAGGCUGUGGAGUCAGGAGACUUGAACCGCACGUUGGGAUGUUUCGUUUGCGACCACAGCACGCGCGCGUAUGCUCGUUCAGGGGAUCUCAAUCAGCAGAUUGCAGCGCUGACUGCACCGGCGAGAGGUGUCACUGAAGACCAGCUACAACGAGCCAAGGACAAUUUACUGACAAUGGCAAGCGUUGCGGAGUAGCGUUACGGUAUGUGUAAGGAACUAGCACCCUAUGACCCCUGUAGUGGAAUAAAUAUCUUGACGUUGAGCCUGAUUACCA